AUGUCCCUCGCUCUACCCUUUAUCGUCUACGUACCUACGCUAGCCUUUAGUAUCGCACGCCGGUGGUCUACGACGACUAAUAAGCCGAUCAAGCCUCUGGGCAAGAACUGGGCUCGCGCCUUCGAGAAACGCCACCCUGAACUUAAAGCGAGACGAGUCAAGUCAAUAGACUGGAAGCGCUAUGAGAAUAAUAUAUACGAUAAGACUGAUGCAGCGGUACUGCUAGAGAACGUGUAUAAUAUGGACGAGACAGGGGUUAUGCUAAGUAAGCUUGGCUCUGUCAAAGUCCUGGUAGGUAAGGACGAUAGACGCGACUAUAGAGGUACUGGUAUGAAGCGGACGAUGGUGACUGCUGUCGAGUGCAUAAGCGCUGACGGUAGGGCGCUGCUACCUCUCAUUAUCUGGCCAGCCUUGACGCACCGAAGUAACUGGACUACGUAUCCCAUAUCUGGAUGGCACUAUGGGUUCUCUAAGAGCGGUUAUAAUGACUCUAAGAUUAGCUUGGAGUGGCUUACGCGUGCUUUUAAUCCCUAA